GCAGGCGCAGUAGCUCCAGCAGCUCACGCAGGCGCAGUAGCUCCAGCCUCACCAAAAGCAGCCAUGGCGGACGAGAUGCCGAGGGAGGGAGUGAAAACGGAGAACAACGAGCACAUCAACCUGAAGGUCGCGGGUCAGGAUGGCUCCGUCGUGCAAUUCAAGAUCAAGAGGCAUACUCCUCUUAGCAAACUCAUGAAAGCUUAUUGUGAACGGCAGGGGCUGUCGAUGAGGCAAAUACGAUUUCGUUUUGACGGACAGCCCAUCAAUGAAACAGAUACGCCAUCACAGCUAGAAAUGGAGGAUGAAGAUACGAUCGACGUGUUCCAACAGCAAACCGGAGGCGCUCCUCUUUAAAGACUGUUUCCUCCCGACAUCCCUACCUCCCCUCCUCGCCCCCCCGUCCCCCCCAACUCUGUGUUAAACCCCGUCUUCAGUCGCUCACGACCAGUGUUGAUUUCAUCCGGUGGAGAUCGUGUACGAAAUGCUGGAAGGCAUCUGGAAAAGUGAUUUUAGACUUCUGUCACACUGACAUUCAAACGUUAGCAUGUCCCAACGGUGCAGUAAGCUGUAGUGAGUCUAAUGUUCUGAAGACUUUAAAGGCCCGGCGUAAUUUUCUUUCUUUAUUUCCCAACAGUUGGAAGACAUCCAUGAUUCUUGUGGGGGGUUUUCUUUCUUUUUUUUAUAUAUACUUCUGUCACUGGGGUUCUGAUUCAGAUAAAAUGUCGUUAACUAAGCCCACGUUUCAAAUUACUGACAUCUGUUGUUGUUAUGAGAAUGUAUUGUUGGAAUAAAUUGAGGUUCUUUUUUAAAAAAA